UUCAAAUGCACGUGUUAACACAUAGAUCAACGAUGAAAGUUGUUAAAUCCGUUACUUUUGCAGAUUGAUUAUUUUCACAAGCAACUGUGAGAAAUGAUUGUAGGCUCUUUUCCUCAAAAUUUUGAUGUAAUCUGAAGUAUUUCAAAAAUCAUCGCAGCAUUACCGCAUUAAAGAUAAAAAUUGUUUUAGAUCUGUCAAUAUUGAUAUAGAAGUAAUUCUCAUUCCAAUACUAGUUGUUUUCCUUAUCACAACAAUUUAUGAUCUAAGUAUUCACAAAGUUUUAUCUUUAAAUUUUGCAGAUCGGGUAUUUGGAUUGAUAUCAUAUUAGCCAGAAACCAUGCAACUUGGAAUAAUUUGUAUAAUUCUUGGCAUAGUGAUUUAUCCACAUAAACUUCAAUUUGCAUUCGGCGGAAUAAUCUGUCCGUGGUCAAGGUAUACAUCAGAAAAAGUUGCUUCUUGUCCUGAAAGCCAGAAUGAGGUGGAAGUCAGAGCAAAGAAGAAAAACUGUGAAUCAAUAAAUCACAAACAAAAUUGUACAACGCCAGAGAAAAUUAAGUAUCACUGUGUCAUAAACGAACAAGAAAACGCUUUUAUUGAAGUUUGUGCACCCGAAUAUCGCAUACAUGGAUACUGCACAGAGUAUAAUGAAGUCGGAGCUGUUGUACAGGCACACCACAAUUUGAACUGUGAAACCGUAAAACCACCAUGUAAUUCAUCAUAUUUAUCCACAGAAGCGUAUCGUUUUAAAGGUUGUUAUGCAGUUGUGAGAAAUAAGACCCAGACACCAUCUACAAAAGCGACUAUGCUUCUACCAAUCACCCUUGACUACUUUAACCAUUCUGUCUUACGCAUCACUAGUAAAGCAUACGCGCAUACAUUGCCACCACUGUUAUCACUGCUAUACACUGUAAGCUGUGUUUAGAGUGACUGUUGCUGCAGGAAUAACAGUGAGUUUUUGUUAAAUAUCUACUGUUAUAUUUUGUUGCUAAUAAAUUGAUUUCUUUAGUCAUACCAUCAAUUCACUGUUAUUCAGUUACCAUAUCAAAACAUAAUGAUCAACUUAUAUUGAUAUUAAAGAAAACAUCUUCAAGCAUAAUCCAUUUUUAUAUUUAUUUUUUUACUCAACAAAAUUGAGAUAUACAUUGAUAUAUUAACAGUCAUUUUGAUAUUAUCUGAAGUGUACAUGUACAUGACUGUAUAAAUAAUGCAUCAACACAAACAUUUCCCUUCAAUCAAACCAUCAUGUCUUAAGCGAAUAACGACUUUAAGGUUUACGUCACACUGUAUAAUUGCUGUGUUUAGAGGCUUGAGUGUGUUGCUUUUCAUGAAAAAAGGAAAAAAGGUUUUGAUGAAAUGCUUCUUAUAGAUAAGUACAUAAACUAAAACGAUUUAAAAAUAAUAAACCAUUAUUUUUACAAAUAUGUAGAAAUCACUUGGUUUUGCGUAAGGAAUGAGGCGAAAUCUGAAGCCUGGGAAAACCUAAUAGUUGCCUUUUUCAUAGAAAGUUCGAUGCAUUUGACAUUGAUUAAGAUGAUAUGAAAACUCAAUUUAAGUGGAAUACAGCAUUAUUGUAAAUAAUAACAUUUAUAUAAUUUGUGAUAUGUUUUGUCCAAACGGUACUUCAGGUAUUUUGAAGUUUGGAAAAUUUCAACCAUACAUUUGAGUUAUAAGCAUUACCUUCUUUCACUUAUAUGUAUCAACCAAUCAGAAUGUGCAUAUAUAUUGGAUGUAUAUUUAGCGCCACUUCAAAAAACUUUUGUAAACAGAGGAUUGUUUAUUUAUCUACCCGAUUUACUAAACCUCCUUCCUCUUCAUCACCCUACUGUGUAGCAGAAAUCAUAGCUGCUAAUAUUUUGUUUUUAUCUGUUUUAAGUUUUAUCAAUAUCAUGUUGUAUGCAUAUGUUUUAGAUCAUUAUACAUUGUAGGUGUGUGUAGGGGAGGUCACAUUUUGUACUUUACUGUGAAACGAGAAAAUAUGGCGCAUGCGUAUUUUAGCGCAAAGGCAAAUGCUUAUAUAUUGGCGCAAAUAUUUUCUUGAUUUAUGAUUAGGGAUUUUUUUUUUUAGUUUAUGAAUUGGAUUCUACUUUUAACGGGGACUACAAUGUAUUUCCUAAAUAGGAAAUACACAUGUUGACCGACUUCCUUGGGUGCGCUAGGUCUGUUUAAUAACAGCUGGAAAUCACGUGAUUUUGGGUGUAAGCAUGUUCGCAGCUAGACAACUUGAGAAAAUGCCGUAUUGCAUGAUGUUAAACAAUGAGUAAAUCUAUCUUUUUUUUAUUUCUUAUGAGAAGAAUACUUUGAUUUUUAAUAAAUUUUUUCUUACAUAGAAUUAUAUAGCGGAAACAAUUACCGCUGUGAUACCUUGAGAUGGAGUUGCUGAUGAUACAUAUAGGUACUAAUAUGCAAUACCAUUGAGUUGGUAAACUUAUUUAAUUGGCUGAAUUUACUCGAUUACCCAGACAGUUAACCUGUGCAAUUGUAUAAACAAACAUAAUCGACCGCCUGAGUUUAAUUACAAAAGGACACAUUUCCAGUAGUAAAAGAGUGACUGUUUUGAAACAUUAAUUAAAAAAAAGAUAUAUGGAAAACGAUUGGCGCACUAUAAAUUUUAGAGCUGCGGGCCAGUAGCGUCAAAGGCGGUAAAAUUUGUCGUGCGCCAUAUUUUCUCCUUUUACAUUAUUUUAUCUUUCAUCCAAUGUCGGAUGAUCUCACUACUGUUUAGACCUUAGUUUAAUUUUUCUUUAUGGUCAAAAUAAACUGACAAUAUUCACUCAAACAUGUGUUAUGUUCUUGAUA